ACAUGGAAGCAAGAAGAGGUCAAGGAACAAUUCGAGUUGCUCUUAUUGGAAAAACAGGAUGUGGGAAAAGUGCUCUUGGGAACACACUUUUGGGUUUUAAUCGAUUUAAGUCACUUCCAGCUGGUGAGUCAGUGACAACUGAGUGCGAAGAAGGUAGAGGCGAUCUUCCAACAGGACAGAAAAUAAGAGUUGUUGAUACGCCUGGAAUAUUUGAUACUAUGAAGCGAGAUGUCAAAAAAGAGGUUUCUAAAUGUAUUGGAUUUUUAUCGCCUGGGCCUCAUGCGUUUAUAAUUGUUCUUCAGCCGAACAGAGCAACAGAAGAGGAAAAGCGUGUUGUAUCGGAACUCACUACGUUAUUUGGAGACAACAAGUUUCUAAAUCACACACUAAUAGUAAUGGUUAGAAAAAAUGAAAUCAGAGAUGAAGAUGGCGAUGAAAUAGAUAUUCAUGAAUUCAUUGACACAAUGGCUGCAGAAGAUGUUAAAGAAUUGUAUACACAAUGUGGGAGACGUAUUGUUGCGGUAGAAAAUUUAUCAUCGGUGCGUGAUAAGCAGAGAUAUGCACAGGAAGUCGCUGAAGAAGUAUUAACUAUGGACGGUUAUUAUUCCCAUGAAUACUUCUUAUUACUACAGCAAAAACAAAUAUCAGAAAAUCAAGUAGCUAAAUUAGAAAAGGCUUUGGAAGAGAAGGCAAGAGAAUCUAAUCGGAAGUUCUGUUCCAUUUUAUGAUUAAUCAUAUAAAUUUGAUAAUGUCAAAUAUGAAAUUAAAAGCGUUUGUGUAAUAUUAAAACUUACUG